AUGACUUUGGCACGUACUCAAUGUAUGGCCAGGCUAGUAUUCAUUCUUUCUGUAGUCUUCGUGUUCGUCUACUUUCUCCUUCCACCAUCACCCGAAGAACGUUUACGCAUCGAACAAGCCCUACGAGAGAAAAAAAUCAAAAAAUUCUUACAUAACGAAAGAUUUGCGCAGCAUGAUAUGAUGGUCUCGGAUAGACGUCAAAGGGAGGAACAAGAGGCUAUCAACAUUACGAAGAAGAUAAUUAAAGAACGACUGAGAUUUCAUUUUCACGAUAGUAUUCCGGGAUCAAGUAUCAGAUACGAUGUGAUGAGGUUGAACAGGUUCAGGCGACAAUUGGAGUGUAUGACCAGUCGAGGAAGCUGGGUGUUAGAUCACACCCCUAGGUCGAUUAUCCAACAUAAGCAAGAUCCGUUGUAUGGAAAAUGUGAUCGGCCAUUUAGUAUAUCCAAUAAUUCUACAAUGGAAGAAAAAUGGAAUUAUGCCAGGGAAUCGAUUAAAUAUGUCUGGAAAACCCCGGCAGAAUGCCCGAUGCCAAAAUUCAAUGUUAAACAAGCCUGCUCGAUUUUUUCUGGAAAAUGGUUUUUAUUGGUUGGUGAUACUUUGCAUUUCCAGUUACAUGAACUUCUACUGGACUAUUUUAGCGAUGAGUCGGUACAAUGUUAUGGUGAAAUUUCAUGUAGGGAACAUGUACUUUGUAAAGUUGAUCCCAAUGAUCCAGCUCACAAUGCCAAGGUAUCAAAGAUGAGGUUUACCAGAAAUGAUAUAAUAUCUCUGACAAUGAAUGCUAAAUAUGCUGGUGGGAAUGUCGAAUUACCAUGGACGGCUCACGCACAUCAUUUUAAUGUAUUGAUCAUGAACAGGGGACAUCAUUGGCAAGAUGAUGUGACCUUUCGCCGUGGUCUAAUUAAUGUCAUGAAUUAUCUGAGAAAAAAAUUUUCCAAUACUCUGAUAAUCUAUAAGGCAACAACUUUGGGUCAUUUGAAUUGUCAAACAGCCGAGAGGCCCUUGUCCUCACGUCCUAAUGCAACCGAAAUGGAAUCUUUGCCAUAUCAUUGGAGCGAAAUUCAUCGGCAGAAUUUGAUCGCAAGAGAAAUUGUUGAGACCGCUGGUGGUGUAUUUUUGGAUCUAGAAUCGGUCAUGAUGACAAGAGUGGAUGAUCACAUUGGAGGUCGAGACUGUUUAAGGUGGUGUAUUCCUGGUCCCACGGAUGUUUGGCUGGAUUUUUUAUUUCACAUAAUGAAAGAAUUAAGAUGA